CCGCCAGGGUCCCGGUGCGGAGGUCGCCCCGAAGGCGUGCGAGUAACUCUGGCUUUGGCUGGGUGUCCCCGGCCCACGUCACCUGUUUGACAGCCUCACACCAAAUCAGAGGGCAGCUCUGGCCGGGAGCCCCCGCUCGUCACCCGAGCUCCCGCGGAUUAGAACUCGCCUCUCCUGACUCCUCCCUGCGGUCCCAUUUAAAUCUCCCUCUGCCUUUGGGGAUAAGUUAGCGCGCGCCUCCGUUUCUGCAUUGCUGACUUUCACCGCAAGAUGAACACCAUUCUACCUUGCCAAGACCAGUAUUUUUCAGGAGGCCAAAAUUAUAAUUGCCCGUUAUCCACCGCGACGUCAGAACCUAGUGUUGACGUUUCCACGGAGACUUGGGUCUCUUUCUGGGCUGCUGGUCUCCUGGACAACAGUGAGCCCCAACAAGCACCACAGGCACAGGAACCAGCCUGUGACUUGAAUUUUCCUGUUCCGGAUUCCUGUUCGUGGGAAGAAGCACAGCUCUCCUCGCAGCUCUACCGAAACAAGCAGCUCCAAGAUACUCUCAUACAGAAGGAAGAAGAACUUGCUAGGCUACACGAAGAGAAUAAUCACCUCAGACAAUAUCUGAAUUCUACUUUGGUUAAAUGCCUUGAAGAAAAGGCCAAGAAAUUGCUUUCCUCAGAUGAGUUCUCCAAAGCAUGUGGAAAAUUCAGAAAGGGGAAGAGGAAACCUAGAGAGCACAGAUACUCUCCUGCUGAGACUCCCCACCCCAAAAAUGCCAAGCGGAAUCUCUCAAGCGAGUUUGCUAAUCAGCCAGAGCAACCUGGGCCCCCUGUGGAUGCCUGGGUCCUUCAGACGCUUGGGUUGAAAGACUUUAACACCAUUGACGAUGCCAGAUCAGCUAACUGCAGUGCCCUCUCCGCUCCUCCUCAAGGGGUCACCAGUACCUAUUCCCACUUUCUGGGUGAAGCGGUUGACUAUGAAAAUGUCCCCAGAGACAACCUGCCCCACGACUAUGAAGGUGAAAGAGCAGCCCUGCUGCACCGUACUGCCAGCCCCGGGGAAGAUCUUCACUACUUUUCUCAGCCUCCCCAUCCCCCGGUGAGGGUCCCAGUGCUUCCUUAUCACGACGCGGAUGUGUCACCCAACAAGACAGAGGUGGCCUUUUCCGCGUCACUGAGCCCUCACUGCAAUGUGAAGACUCAUUCCUUUCACCAGGGACAAGCUUUCGUGCGCAGAGACGAAGAGGGAGGCUGGAGGUUUACUUGGGUCCCGAAGCAGUCACAGUGACCCUUGUGGUGAAGCGCAGAGCAGGGCCACAAACUCCGCCUCCCAGGACAAUCUCUUGCACUUGAAUAUGUCCGUGUGGAACACCGAAGCUAUCGUCCACAGUCUCUCCUGCUGUUGUAAAAGUUACUCACGGUUACCUGUUUCGUUCUGUAGGGAAUGGCUUCCAAGACUUUAUAAGGAGAGGUAUCUUCUCCUCUUUCACCUAAGUUUGGUUUGUUUACACACUCGUACCUACAGUGGACUUCCUCUCUUUGCCUUAUACUUGAAACAAUAGUUUCCGAUCAUUGAGGGGUUUCAAAUUUUAGAUUUACUUUUCCAGCUGUGACCAGUUUAACAGCUUUUCUUCAUUCAUCGAACAAUUUAUUGUUCAUCGCCCUUUCAUUUUUUUCUGCCUUUUCUGUUCCUCUGUUCUUGCUGAAUAUUGCCUUUAGAAUGAACCCUGGUUUGGUCCAAAUAGUUGGUUAGUGCUCAAAUAGCUGGGGUAGGGUACACACGAGUAUCUGUUCAUCAUCCACACUUCAGAAGACACUGUGUGGACGUGAGGGCCCCUAUGUCCAGGGCAGUUGGAAACGGUGAAUGUCCCAUAGUGGCACAGGGAAAAUAUUUCUUAAACCAACCAUAACGUCCCUAAAAAUCAAUGCCAUUGCUAAAUUAUAAGUUACUUUGAAAAUGCCCCACUGUAUAUCAGCUUGUACUAGCACUUGACAUCUUUUUUGCUUAAUCAGAAUGGCUCAAGUAGGUUAAUUUUUGAGUAAUAGUGGUGACAAAGCAAGUCACCACCUUAAUCUACACAGAUACUGUCAGACAAACUAUUAUUCCUCGAAGCGUAGUCUUGCGUAGCUGGGCUACGAAUAUGAUUGUACUCAUUUGAUCCUGUAUGCCUCCAUCCACCAUCUCACUGGACAGAUCUGUAGAACGCCUCGUAUUUACACUCUGUGCCAGGCACCGUGCUAUGGGAAGGGGAUAAGCUGUGAGUGAUCCAGACCCUGUGCCCCCACUCAUGAAACCUGGAGCAGUUUCUCCACUCUCCACCUUGAGAAAGCUGCUUCCCUUGUGUGGAAGUUCAGUUUUCCUAGAUGAAUAAGGCAGUAGGGUGAGAUGAUGAGUCACACCCUGUGAAUGCAGACAGGAUCACCUCAGCUUCACUCUAGGGGUAGGAAUUCCAGGCCACCCUUCCCUGUUGUUUUCAUAAGAACCUCGGCUACUAUGUAGGGUGAACUUUACAUGCCAUUUUUAAAAAACGUGAGCCAUUUGUA